CGACGCCCGUGACAUACAGAAAUACCACGGCGCGGGACGCAGCGCCGCCGUCGCCGCCGCCGCCUGCUGGACAAUUUUGGAAGCUGCGGCGAUAUAAGGCGGUCUCCGGCGGGCCGGGCGGCGGCAGUCAGUCCGUGUCGCGGCGCAGACGAGGCAAAAGAAGGCAGCGAACCAUGGGCAAAGUGCCGGCGGUUGGGAUCGACCUGGGCACCACGUACUCGUGCGUGGGCGUCUGGCAGCACGGCAAGGUGGAGAUCAUCGCCAACGACCAGGGCAACCGCACCACGCCCAGCUACGUGGCCUUCACGGACACGGAGCGCCUCAUCGGCGACGCGGCCAAGAGCCAGGUGGCGAUGAACCCCAAGAACACGGUGUUCGACGCGAAGCGCCUGAUCGGCCGCCGGUUCGACGACCCCAAGAUCCAGGCGGACAUGAAGCACUGGCCCUUCGCCGUGGUGGACGACGGCGGCAAGCCCAAGAUCCGCGUCGAGUACAAGGGCGAGGCGAAGGAGUUCGCGCCCGAGGAGGUCAGCUCCAUGGUGCUCGCCAAGAUGCGCGAGAUCGCCGAGACCUACCUCGGAGGCAAGGUGUCGGACGCCGUCAUCACCGUGCCGGCCUACUUCAACGACUCGCAGCGGCAGGCCACCAAAGACGCGGGAGCCAUCGCCGGCCUGAACGUGCUGCGCAUCAUCAACGAGCCGACGGCCGCCGCGCUCGCCUACGGCCUCGACAAGAACCUCAAGGGCGAGCGCAACGUGCUCAUCUUCGACCUGGGCGGCGGCACCUUCGACGUGUCCGUGCUCACCAUCGACGAGGGCUCGCUGUUCGAGGUGAAGUCGACGGCGGGCGACACGCACCUCGGCGGCGAGGACUUCGACAACCGCCUGGUGUCGCACUUCUGCGACGAGUUCCAGCGCAAGUUCAAGAAGGACCUGCGCGGCAACACCCGGGCGGUGCGGCGCCUGCGCACGGCCUGCGAGCGCGCCAAGCGCACCCUGUCGUCCAGCACUGAGGCCAGCCUGGAGAUCGACGCGCUGCACGAGGGGGUCGACUUCUACGCCAAGAUCUCGCGCGCGCGCUUCGAGGAGCUGUGCAUGGACCUGUUCCGCUCCACGCUGCAGCCGGUGGAGCGCGCGCUCGCCGACGCCAAGCUGGACAAGGCGGCCAUCCACGACGUGGUGCUGGUCGGCGGCUCCAUCCGCAUCCCCAAGAUACAGAAGAUGCUGCAGGAGUUCUUCUGCGGCAAGCCGCUGAACCUGUCCAUCAACCCGGACGAGGCGGUGGCGUACGGCGCGGCGGUGCAGGCGGCCAUCCUCAGCGGCGACACCAGCUCGCAGAUCCAGGACGUGCUGCUGGUGGACGUGGCGCCCUUGUCGCUGGGCAUCGAGACUGCCGGCGGGGUCAUGACCAAGAUCGUGGAGCGCAACUCGCGCAUCCCGUGCAAGCAGCAGCAGACCUUCACCACCUACUCGGACAACCAGCCCGCCGUCACCAUCCAGGUGUUCGAAGGGGAGCGCUCCAUGACCAAGGACAACCACCUGCUGGGCACCUUCAACCUGAGCGGCAUCCCCCCGGCGCCGCGCGGCGUACCCAAGAUCGAGGUGACCUUCGACCUGGACGCCAACGGCAUCCUCAACGUGUCGGCCAAGGACUCCAGCACGGGCAAGUCGGAGCGCAUCACGAUCCAGAACGACAAGGGCCGGCUGUCCAAGGAGGAGAUCGAGCGCAUGCUCGCCGAGGCAGAGAAGUACCGCGACGAGGACGAGAAGCAGCGGCAGCGCGUGGCGGCGCGCGGCCAGCUCGAGGCGUACGCCUUCUCGGCGAAGCAGGCGACGGAGGACCCGGGAGCGGCGGGCAAGCUGACGGACGACGAGAAGAAGACGGUGCAGGAGCGGUGCGCGGCGGCGCUGGCGUGGCUGGACGCGAACCAGCUGGCCGAGAAGGAGGAGUUCGAGGACAAGCUGAAGGAGCUGCAGAAGGACGUGGGCCCCGCCAUACUGAAGCUGCACCAGGGGCAAGGGCAGCAGGGGGCGCAGGGCGCCGCCAAGGGCCCCACCGUCGAAGAGGUGGACUAGGCUCCCGGUUCGCCGUCACUUCCACAAAGCUCGGAUUGGAAGCCCUGCUUUCACUCUACUUCCCCAACUGUGCGUCCUUCAUCCUUGCCAUCGUAGACUUGAAGGGAGGUGGACUGAUUUACGUCAAGCGCCGUGACAUCCACAAGUUUGUGCUUACUCCUCAAGUUUGUUCGCCGUUACCCUCUACAGAGUUCGGAUCGGAAGUCCUGCUUUCACUAUACUUCCCCAACUAUGCAUCCUUCAUCCUUGCCAUCGUAGUCUUGAAGGGAGGUGGACUGAUUUACGUGAAGCGUCGGACAUCCACAAGUUUGUGCUUACUUUUCAAGUUGGGUUCGCCUUUAUCCUCGACAGUGUUCGGAUCGGAAGUCCUGCUUUCACUCUAAUUCCCCAACUGUGCGUCCUUCAUCCUUGCCAUCGUAGUCUUGAAGAGAGGUGGACUGAUUUACGUCAAGCGCCGGACAUCCACAAUCUUGUGCUUACUCCUCAAGUUGGUUCGCCGUUACCCUCUACAGAGUUCGGAUCGGAAGUCCUGCUUUCACUCUACUUCCCCAACUGUGCGUCCUUCAUCCUUGCCAUCGUAGUCUUUGAACGAAGGUGGACUGAUUUACGUCAAGCGCCGGACAAUCACAAGUUUGUACUUACUCCUCGUGUUGGUUUACCGAUACCCUCGACAGUGUUCGGAUCGGAAGUCCUGCUUUCACUAUACUUCCCCAACUAUACAUCCUUCAUCCUUGCCAUCGUAGUCUUGAAGGGAGGUGGACUGAUUUACGUGAAGCGUCGGACAUCCACAAGUUUGUGCUUACUUUUCAAGUUGGGUUCGCCUUUAUCCUCGACAGUGUUCGGAUCGGAAGUCCUGCUUUCACUCUAAUUCCCCAACUGUGCGUCCUUCAUCCUUGCCAUCGUAGUCUUGAAGAGAGGUGGACUGAUUUGCCUCAAGCGCCGGACAUCCACAAGUUUGUGCUUACUCCUCGUGUUUGAUUCACCGUUACUCUCGACAGAGUUUGGAGAUUGAAAAAAUAUGUUUUGACGCACUUUCCUCGUAUUUGACGUUGACGCACUUUCGUCUUCUGUGCCGAGUCGAACUUAGUCUAUCGGCAAGCGCAGGGCGUUCGCCAGUUUACACUCCUGCUAACGUAGGUUUGACGUUACACAGGACGGUUUUCUUUUGAUUGAAAACCCUGCUUUCUUUAACUCUUUUUGCCUCUUCCCCCUACCGUUUAUUCUUCCAUCAGUUCCCACCGUCAUCUUAAGAGUGCAUCCUCUUUUGUUCCAGGAGUGUAGCCCAUGGGUGUAUAAUAUUUGCCAUGUUAAUAAUUGAAGUCAAAAUGAGAAUGUAUUUUAAUGCUUAAUUUCUGGCUGAUUUGUCGUUGAUAUCUUCGUUUAACAAUACUCGCUUCAUAAUGCGAAUAUUACUAUUCUUCCCAGUGAGAUCCUUUUAAGAUAUUAAUCAAUCUUCUAGUAUUGGCCUUUACACAGCUGUAAUUUAUUUUGCUAAUCAAUUGCUUACCAGAGUUACUUCAAUUAUAUGCAGAUACCCACGCCAUAGUUUAAUGCCUCCAUGGUGUGGCGGGAUUAAAUUUUUGAUCAGUGAACCGAUGCGUUUUUAUAAAGUAGUAUUCAGUAUAAAUAUUGAUACAAACAUUUGAGCAAAUGUAAAAAAAGUGUAAAAAAAUAUGUUUCCACAAAAAAAAGAUAAUAUAAUUUACAUUUCUAAAAAAAGAAAAUAUUGUAACACUGGCAUUGGAAAAAAAAAGAUUUUUUUUUUGGGGGGGGGGGGGGGGCUACGCCAAUCCAUGUACUAAAUAGAAGAUGGUUUUUCUAAUACACUGCAGGGACAUUCGAAAGCUUUCUCUUUCAAGUUACCUUGGCUUUCAAGGUUUAGACACGUCACAGCAGUGGAGUUAUUUUCUUCAGAGUUAGUGCGCUUUUGCUUCAAUGUCGGAUCCUCCUGUCAGUUUCAAAAUUAUGCAUUGUUCUGUAGGUCGUGCAUUCGCUUGGCUGUGACUCUCCCUUGCUUGCAAAAGAAUUUCAUCCCCUGUUUGUGAGAGCUACUUAAUUCCUCUCUUCCCAAAGCUGGUCAUCCUGCAGACCAUAAAACAUUCAGAAUAUUUAUUGCUGGUGCUAGUGAUUAUUACUUAACAAUAUAGUUGACUGAGCUGUAUUUUUUGCUUAAACACAACAAUUUCGCAAGCGGUUUUAAUAAUUAAUAUGUGUUUAUAUUUUUGAAUAAAGUGUUUUUCUCUCUA